UUCAGCUUUUCCAGCCAAAAAAAUGGGCUCUGCCACGUGGAUUUGUCCGUAUGGGCCUCCGGAUUAUUACAUGAAGACUCUGCAAUUAAUCGGACUAUUUUCAUUGCCAAUUAAUUUCUUGUGCUUUUAUUUUGUGUGGUUUUAUACACCAAAAGAGUCAAAAUUUCGAUAUUGUUUAGCUUAUUUUCAGUUCAUCGCAUUUCUUGUGGAAGUAGACAUGUCACUGGUCUGCCCGGGAUUUUAUUUAUUUCCACUGAUGGGCGGCUAUAAUCUCGCAGAAACGAACCGGCUGUUCAGCGGCCACCAAACUGUGGUGUUCGGCUAUUUCAAGUUCAGUUUUGAACUUCCCAGCCUUCUGUUAUGCUUCAUUUACCGCCACAAUGCAGCCGCAAAUUUCAAUCCGAAAUUCAAAAUACGCCGGUCAAUCCAAUAUCUGGUAAUCGCAACGUGUCACACUUUCCCAUUUGUCACCGCGAUUUGCUUGCUAAAAUCAGAGCUGAGCCACGUGCAGCAAGUUAGGAUUCUGGAGAAGAAUUGGCCCAAUUGCCUGCACAUCCUAGAUCACCGCGGAUUCGUCAUGUACGAUCCGUUUGACAACCCGUGGACCACUGCAGUCGGCCUUUCUGCGAUGGUUUAUAUUUCGGUUUUUACGUUAUUUGGAGCCUAUGUCGGAUUCCAUACCGUAUAUAUCCUGCAGAAGGUCAAACCUCACCUAUCACCGCAGACCUACGCCGGGCACAAGAACGCAAUGAUUAAUUUAGUGAUGCAGUGUGUUGUACCUAUUGUAUGCGUUAUUACGCCGUUCAACUUGAUUUUCCUAGUGGUUUACUAUGAUUUGUGGCAGUAUCAACAAUCCGCCACAAAUUUAUUCUUCCUAAUGUCAGCUCAAUCUAUGGCUACAUCACUUGUAAUUAUUCUAUCGAACCGGAGAUUCAAAAGAUUAAUUUUGGAGAAGCUUUUGAUCAUACCGUACAAAAUUGCGGAGACCUUUACACCGCCCAGUUUGCAUGUGUAUCAGUCGUCUACGAGGGUCGCGCCGUCUUAAUUCGGGAUUUAAAUGUUUUUUUUUAAUAUUUAAAUAAAUGUAUGCACAUAUAUAAAAGGAGUUUCUGUC